AUGGCAACGUCCCAUACGGCCAAAUUACUCUGGACACCCGCAAGUCCAAGCAAAACUCGAACCGCUGAAUUUCUGAGAUUUGUUGAGAAAAAACAUGAAGUCCGUUUGGCUGACUAUGAGGCUCUUCGCCAAUGGAGUAUCUCGGAUAUAAAUAUCUUCUGGGAAGAUGUGUGGCAGUUCACUGGCUUUCAAGACCGAAUGUGGCCACGCCCACAUUAUUUUGUUGGCGCAAAGCUGAACUUUGCAGAGAAUCUACUGUUCCCGACUGCAGAUCCCCCCGAAGACUCAUUCGCUGUCAUAGAGGCAAACGAAACGGAAAGGUUCUUUGUGACAUGGCGUGAGCUUCGCGAACGAGUAAGGCAGUGCUCACAUGCCAUGCGUGCUGUUGGUCUCGAGCAGGGUGACCGCGUUGCUGGCUUUGUAGCGAACCACUGCAAUGCACUUGUCGCUAUGUUAGCAGCUACGUCCAUCGGUGCGGUAUGGACUGCAGUCUCCCCUGAUACUGGUGUUCAAGCUGUACUCGACAGAAUACAGCAAAUAGCACCGGUGUUUCUGGUUGCCGACAAUGGUGUCAUGUACAAUGGUAGAGUGCAUCAGACACAUGAUAAGAUUCAGAGUAUAGUCGAAGCGCUGCCGCAGCUCAAGACUUGCGUGGUUUUUGAGACUGUGCCGAAUACAAAUCUUGAUAUUGCAAGCCUUACAUUCCAAAGCGGCAAGGCUUGUUGGCAUUCUCAAUUCGUACAAAGCGUCCCGAAUGAUUCACGCUUGGAGUUUACUCAAUUGGAACCCGAUCACCCGGUCUAUAUUCUCUAUUCUUCAGGUACGACUGGGAAGCCCAAAUGCAUCGUUCAUGGUGCUGUUGGUACGCUCAUUCAGCACAAGAAAGAGCACGACAUUCAAUGUUCGAUCCGGCCUGGGGAUAAGUUGUUCUAUUUCACAACAUGUACCUGGAUGAUGUGGCAUUGGCUCGUCUCUGGCCUUGCUACUGGUGCCACCAUCGUGCUCUACGACGGCUCGCCCUUCCGGCCACUAGAUGAAGAUGGGAACGGCGAAAUGGCUAUGCCUAGCCUGAUUCGACAACUGGGUAUCACUCAUUUCGGCACCAGCGCAAAAUACCUCUCCAUACUAGAGCAGAAAAAUGUGUAUGCAAGUCAGGAGGCCAACUUAUCUACAUUGCGGGCUGUUUACAGCACAGGCUCACCGUUAGCGCCGUCAACGUUCGAAUAUGUAUACCGAUGCUUUGGCUCGGACGUCAAUUUGGGCAGUAUUACUGGUGGCACUGACAUAAUUUCACUCUUCGGUGCCCCUUCACAGAUCUCACCGGUCUAUGCUGGUGAGAUCCAAGUUCGAGGCUUAGGCAUGGCGGUCGAAGCUUGGGACUAUGAAGGUAAGACUGUCACAGGCACGGGUGAAGCAGGUGACCUAGUCUGCGUGAAGCCGUUCCCUUGCCAACCAAUUAAGUUCUGGGGAGAGCAGGGUGAAACAUUAUACGAGAGAAGUUACUUCGAACAAUUCCCCGGUGUAUGGCAUCACGGUGAUUUUGUCCGGAUUAAUCCCGCGACUGGAGGUAUGAUCAUGUUGGGGCGAAGUGACGGCGUGCUUAAACCUGCAGGAGUCAGAUUCGGAAGCUCGGAGAUCUAUAAUGUUCUUUCGCAGCAUUUCCCGGAAGUUGAGGACUCACUCUGUAUUGGCAGACGACGUCAAAGUGAUUUGGAUGAGACGGUUGUUUUGUUUGUGAAGAUGGCCCAGGGUCAGAGCUUGACAGAUCCUAUGCGAGACAAUGUCAAGAAUGCAAUCAGAAGACACCUCAGCGCCAGACAUGUGCCUCACAUGAUUGAUGAAACCCCGGAAAUUCCUAUCACUAUCAACGGCAAGAAGUCAGGAUUUCCCCCAACUUUUGUAGACACCAGCUGA